AAUCUGUCUAAAAAUUACAAAACAAUAAACAAAGCUGAUUUCUAUUGAAUGAACAAACAUACCCGAACAACUAGUAACAAAUUCUUAGAGCGAGUCCAAAAACCAUAGAAAAUCAACUCCUACAUAGUAUAAGAUAAUAUGCUUUUAUUUGUCAUUAUACAUACAAAGUACAUGCUGUGUCUAAUGCCCCUGCAACCCGGUUCUGUAUAAGUGGAAGAUGACGAGUACGAGUAUCCCAACAGUUCUGAAGAAUUAUACUCAAGAAAGUCCACAACCAACCAACAGAUAAUGACUCUGACAUAAAACAAGUCAAAAAUAUUCCUCAAGCAAUCUACCAGAAACAUGUGCACUUUAUAAAAUUUUCUAAAAGCAAUUUAAACUCAAUCCAUGACCCAGUCUAGAAGUCCAAAGCCUAUCGUAUCACCUUAUAGAGUCCAAAACCAGCUCUUCGCCCACUGGGUCUAAAAUCAGACUGAACAGAUGCUUUCAGGCUAACCCAGUUCUGAAGGUCUAAAACCUGAAUUUAUACACUAUGCUAGACCAAGAUGAAAACAGAGCAAAAUCCUGCCUAACACCAGAACCAAACCACAGAACAGAGUGACCCAUGUAACACGGUGCUGAACUGAUAUAACCUGCCCAGUUCAUUUCUGAGGCAAACCGCUCUAAAUCAGCCCAUCAACAGCUCUAAACAGUUUUAAAUCUAAUACACCAGAGUCUAAAAACAAACCAAAAACAGUCGUGAAUGAAUUGAUAAACAGGUCCAGAACAAAAUGGGAAAAACUGCGUUUGGUUAAGAACUUUUUCAGGUUCUAAAAAACAUAAAAUGUUGCAGAUUUCAGAACGUUUUACUUCCCCAUAAAGAGUAAAAAUGGUGAGAGGUGACAGAUCUGAGAGAAACAGGUGGUUGUUCUCCUUUAAGGUUUCCACGGUAACCCGUGGCAUUUGGCCUGAUAACAGCAAGGCCGCCUGAUGAAGAUAAACACACUCAGUCAUGGUCGUACAUCUGUAAUAACAGCACACACACACGUGACCUCUGACCUCUCCAAGGUUCCUCCCCGACUGACUCAGAUUAAAGCCAGGGUUCCUCGCCAUCCCCUCAUUCCCCUCCGCGGCGCCACAACGCAGCCAUGUUCGCCGGUCUCCUCGCCUCCAUCUGCGCCUCCUUCCCUCCACCCGUCCUCCUGCUCUUCGUCGUUCUCGUGGUGGUCGUCUGGUCUCUGGCCUGUCGGCGCUUCGUUCAUGAACCCAAACCUCUGAGCUCCGCCGGCGCGCCGCGGGGCUCCAUCCCCUGCUUGCCUCACCUCCCCGUCCUGGGGAGCCUGCCUUGGCUGGGAGGAGGCCUCCCCCCACACCUCCUCUUCACCCAGCUGGCCCACAGGUAUGGACCUCUGUUUGCGAUCUACCUGGGCCCUCACUACACCGUGGUGGUGAACAACCAUCAGCACGCCAGAGAAGUGCUGCUGCAGAGGGGCAAGGACUUCGCUGGACGCCCCAACAUGGUCACCACCAACCUGCUGACCCGAGGGGGCAAAGACAUCGCCUUUUCAGACUACUCUCCUCUGUGGAGGUUUCAUCGCCGCCUUGUCCACAACUCCUUCACUCUGUUCGGAGAGGGAACCAGCCGGCUGCAGGACAUCGUUUUGGGCGCGGUGGACAGUCUUUGUGUGGAGCUGUUGUCCCACGGGACUCGGGGCUUCGACCCGUCUCCCACCAUAACCAGAGCCGUCACCAACGUGGUUUGCAGGCUGGUGUUCAGCAGCACCUACGGCCACGGAGACGCCGAGCUUCAGGAGGUGAUCCGGUACAACAACGGCAUCGUGGAGACCAUCGCCAGAGGAGGACUGGUGGACAUCUACCCCUGGAUGAAGGUACCAUGGACAUCUGGAGACUCUGGGCUUCAUUGUUGAAACUAAUCUAAAAAUAGAUAAAACCAGUUUUCCUUCCUGUAGAAACUCUUCUCCCUUCCUAAAAACAGCUUUAAGACAAUUUUAGAAGAGUUUUUUUUUUAAUAACAUGGAAAGUUAUUUUGGAAAAUAACUCACAUUUACACACAU